CGGGGGCACAGACGGCACUAAAAGCUGACAGAUGUUCUAAUCCCUCUCCACUCUAUCCAAAGCUAAAUUCGAGAUCUGCCCACUCUUCUUUAUGGGACGGACAAACAGAAACAAACUGUUCUUGGCGGACAGGAUUGGAUGCUGGCGGGUGUCAGCGGGCACCUAUCCACUGUCAUCUGCCGCUAAGAGCUAAGAAUGGUCCGAUCGGGUCCGCCUGAAAAACUGCCAGUCUGACCCGAUCAGUCCCUCGGUGUGAAGGGGGGCCGUAUUCCUUUGUAAAUGGGCUGACUGUUGGUAAAUACUGGCUAUAUUGACAUUUUGUGACGUCUUUGAUUUUGUGCAGAGCUUUCACAAGGUACAGAACCUCUCUGAUUGGCUCUGUACAUUGUGACAACUCCAUCACAAUGUAACAUCGUUAAUAAGUGGCGUUUCAUAAAACACUUUGUAUUCUUUUUUUUUAAACUCUACGGCUGUUUUAACGUAGCUAAACUCAUUUCAACAAUUGUUUUUAUGUGACCAUUGAAGCUGGACUGAGCUUCAAGUUUUAUUGAUUGUGUGAAAAAGAUAAAAAACCAAUAACUUUCUGUAUUUGGUGUGCCGUGUUCGUUUAGAUUAUUGUUGGUUGGUGCUUUAAAUGUUAACUCCUCAUAGCAAUUAGCUGUGUAGGAUCAAUGAUUUCAGAAAGCCUUCCAAUCUGCAAGGUGGUGUGACCUGCGCCCCGUACACAUUGAUUUGCGUGUUUGGAAGUGCAUUGGUUCUCACAGAAUAGCGCAUAGAUUGCAUGAAGGGUCCUCACUUGUGUUGAAGCUCAUGAUUUUUCAUUUGCUGUAUGCCAUUGAUUACAAUGACAAGGGUGUGGUCCAGUGCCCAGUCAAUAGUAAGUAGUUUAUCUCCUGUACACUAACAAAGAUUUACAAGAUCUGGUCUUUUUUUUUUUACCUGCAAGUCUUUUUGUGUGCUCUUUACACAUGAAGCACUUUAAAAUGCGUGCCUUGCAUAGAGGCCUUCGAGGGAUUAGACUCCAUUGAAUGUGUUACAUUGAAGGAAUAGAUGUAUAGAAUACCUGAAGGCUUGUUUGUGUUUUUGUGAUAUUUAUAGGGCGAGUGUUGUAGACAAUGAAGGGACUGUUUGCAGGUAAUUGAUCUGUGCAAAGCGGGAUUAGAUAGCAGUUGUUACCAGCAUCCAUCCACCUCCUCAUUUCUAAAAAUGGGGCUGUCAGAAGAGCAGCUGCUGUUCAAUUGGAGGGAAAUGCAGCUAGCAGCUGUUAAUCUUCAGCACUGCGGGCUGCACGAGGAAGGCUUCCUGGACAUGCUCACAUCUGCUCUGUAUUGACUGUUUACAGAGGGUCUGCCUAUUCUGCCUCGCCAUAUCCGAUCUGUGUUGUAUUAACCCUUUCCCAGCUAGCAUCUUUGUUUAUUACAGGUUAUGUAAUAGCUACUGAAGUUCAUUUACUGCUGUUGUGUACCUUUUAUAAAAGAAGAGCAUUAAUAACCUCUUGUGAACUGCUAUCGGUUCUGUUUGCUCAGUGUAUGUUGGCGUUCAGACAAUGUCUUUAGUGCAGAUUUCUUUGUCUGCAGCUUGUUUUUAGUUGUCAAUCAUUCGCAGUUCAGUAUUUUUAAACCUGAUCUGGUGCAGUUGUAUCCCAUUUCUACAGGAAGCUGGUAGUGGUGGGUUUUUAGCCCUUGCAGCUAUCUGGGUAUAUUCCAGCAUGGUAGUAUGCUUUGUUUGGUCUCCCAGCUGUUGAAGCUCGCUUACUUGUCUUCAGUGUCCUGUGUGCAGAUCUGUCCAGCCCCCUCACCCAGACAGCAAAUCAAGCUGCUUUGCGUUGUGCAACACACAGUUAUUCACAGCUCAGCAGGAGGCAGCUCUACUCUGUGCUCGGAUUAAUUUUACCCACAUUAUUUUACAUCUUUUGGGAUCUCUGCACAAGUCUUGUGCUUUUUUCUGGGUCUCUGGGAACAAGAGGACAACUGUAGUGCAUGCCGACUGUCUAUGGAAUAUCUGGUCGGGACCAACCAGUGGAGCUUAUAACGCAGACUCGUGCCAAACACAUGCCAAGCACUGUUGAUGUUACUGCUGCGCUGCCACUUCAGGUGGCUUCUGGCACCCUUCCUAUGGACCUUCGGCUGGAUCCCCAGUAUACUAUACCAGGAGCUGACAGUGGGAGGGAGCAACAACUGCAGCAAGAACUAAUAGCACUAAAGCAAAAGCAGCAAAUACAGCGGCAGAUCCUUAUAGCAGAGUUUCAGAGGCAGCAUGAACAGCUGUCAAGACAACAUGAAGCCCAGCUACAUGACCAUGUAAAGCAACAACAAGAACUCCUGGCCAUGAAACAUCAACAGGAGCUUUUGGAACACCAAAGAAAGCUGGAACAGCAUCGGCAGGAGCAAGAAAUGGAGAAACAACACAGGGAACAGAAACUGUUACAACUGAAGAAUAAGGAAAAGGGAAAAGAAAGUGCUGUAGCAAGCACUGAAGUUAAAAUGAAGUUACAAGAGUUUGUCCUGAACAAGAAGAAAGCCCUUGCUCAUCGUAGCCUAAAUCAUUGCAUGUCUAAUGACCCUCGCUUCUGGAAAACUCAGCAUAGCUCUCUGGACCAGAGUCCACCACCUCAGGGAGGGGUAUCUGGUUCAUACCACCAUCCUGUCUUGGGAAUGUAUGACUCAAAGGAUGACUUCCCCCUAAGAAAGACAGCAUCUGAGCCCAAUCUCAAGUUGCGUUCCAGACUGAAGCAGAAGGUUGCAGAACGCAGAAGCAGCCCUCUCCUAAGAAGGAAAGAUGGUCCUGGUGUGACUUCUCUGAAGAAGCGUCCUAUGGAUGUGUCUGACUCUGCUUGCAAUAGUGCACCUGGUUCCGGCCCUAGUUCCCCCAACAACAGCUCAAGCAACAUUACCACUGAGAAUGGCAUUGCUGGUACUUUGGGCAUGCAGGCAGAGGCUGCUCUGGCCCAUAGAUUGAUGAACAGGGAGGGCUCUGUGACCCAGCUCCCUCUCUAUACCUCACCCUCUUUACCCAACAUAACUCUGGGACUGCCUGCCACUGGAUCUUCUAAUGGUGCAUCUGGACAAGAGACUGAACGCAUUUCCCUUUCUACAAUCCAGCAGCGACUCUCUUUGUUUCCUGCUUCUCACCUCACUCCUUACCUUGGUUCUGAUGCAGCGACCUCUCAUAAUUCGCUUCUGCAGCAUAUGGUCAUGCUAGAGCAGCCCAAUUCACAGAGUCAGUUAGUUUCAGGGUUGGGAGCACUCCCUCUUCAUUCCCAGUCUUUAGUGUCCACUGAUCGGGUAUCUCCUACAAUCCACAAGUUACGUCAGCACCGCCCAUUGGGCCGGACACAGUCUGCACCUCUGCCUCAGAACUCUCAUGCCCUGCAACACUUGGUCAUUCAGCAGCAGCACCAGCAGUUCCUUGAGAAGCACAAACAGCAGUUUCAGCAGCAGCAGAUACAUCUCAAUAAGAUGAUUCCUAAAGUAAAUGAGGUUUCAAGACAGCAUGAAAGCCAUCCUGAGGAGACUGAGGAAGAACUGCGUGAGCACCAAGCAUUACAUGAAGAGCCAUAUGUAGAACAUGCAUUAAAUCUCAAGGAGCAAAGCCUUGGCAGUAUUGUGCAUGUGAAGCAGGAGAGAGAAGAGAGUGAGGAUGAGUCAAAUGCACAUGAGCUGGAGCAUAAUCAAUUACAGACUGAGCAAGAUCUGUUGUUCAGACAGCAAACACUACUACUUGAACAGCAACGAAUUCAUCAGCUGAGGAACUAUCAGGCCUCCAUUGAAGCUGCUGGAUUAGUUAUGCCUUUUAGUGGGCACAGACCUCUGUCAAGGGCACAGUCUUCACCAGCCUCUGCCUCAUUUCCAAUGUCCGUUCAGGAAACUCCCACUAAGCCCAGGUUCACUACAGGUCUUGUGUAUGACACCUUGAUGCUCAAACAUCAGUGUAUCUGUGGAAACACAAAUAUUCAUCCAGAGCAUGCUGGACGCAUUCAAAGCAUCUGGUCCAGGUUGCAAGAGACUGGUUUGAGGAGCAUGUGUGAGUGUAUACGCGGCAGAAAAGCCACUUUAGAGGAGUUGCAGACUGUCCACUCUGAGGCUCAUACUCUGCUCUAUGGCACAAACCCUUUGAAUCGACAAAAACUGGAGGGGUCUUUGACCUCUAUGUUUGUGCGUCUCCCAUGUGGCGGAGUUGGGGUCGACAGUGACACAAUUUGGAAUGAAGUACAUUCUUCUGGGGCUGCCCGCCUAGCUGUGGGGUGUGUAGUGGAACUUGCCUCAAAGGUUGUGGCAGGAGAGCUAAAGAAUGGCUUUGCUGUAGUCCGCCCUCCUGGACACCAUGCUGAAGAGAGCACACCUAUGGGUUUCUGUUACUUCAACUCUGUCGCAGUUACAGCCAAGCUCAUCCAACAAAGAUUUAAUGUGGAGAAGACGUUAAUCGUGGAUUGGGAUGUGCAUCAUGGAAAUGGGACCCAGCAGGCUUUCUAUAGUGAUCCUUCUGUUCUAUAUAUAUCGCUUCACCGCUAUGAUGAUGGAAACUUCUUUCCAGGAAGUGGUGCUCCUGAUGAGGUUGGAAGCAGUGCUGGUUUGGGUUUUAAUGUAAAUGUUGCUUUUACGGGAGGAGUGGACCCACCCAUGGGAGAUGCAGAGUACCUGGCUGCAUUCAGAACUGUGGUGCUACCAAUAGCACGUGAGUUUUCUCCAGAUGUUGUCUUGGUGUCUGCUGGGUUUGAUGCCGUGGAAGGACAUCCAUCACCACUGGGAGGAUAUAACGUAUCAGCCAAAUGUUUUGGAUAUCUGACAAAGCAGCUUAUGGAGCUGGCUAGUGGUCGUGUUGUUCUGGCACUUGAGGGAGGUCAUGAUUUAACAGCGAUUUGUGAUGCUUCUGAAUCUUGCGUAUCUGCUCUACUAGGUAACGAGCUAGAGCCGAUUUCAGAGUCUCUGUUACAACAGAGACCGAAUAGCAAUGCAGUGAACUCUUUGGAGAAAGUUAUUCAAAUACAAAGUGAAUACUGGCCAUGUUUGCAUAAUGCAGCUUCUACAAUCUCCUAUUCUCUCGUCGAGGCACAGAAAUGUGAGAGUGAAGAAGCUGAAACGGUGACAGCGAUGGCGUCCCUGUCUGUGGGCGUCCAUCCAGAGAGAAGAACGGAGGAUGAGCCCAUGGAUGAAGAACCCCCUCUGUAGCAGAGUGCCUGGUCAUUGUCUGUUGUGUGACUCAUAUCUUUGUUGGAGGCCGAGCCCUCCAAUUUCUCCGCCUGUGCUCUGUCCCCAGGAAGACGAGCAGCGACAUGGAUGUAAAGAACUCUGUGUACAUGACAUCCACAGAUCCACAAAGCGCAGCACACUGUGCUCUGCGCAGCCGCACUGUGCCGUUCUUGGUUACAGCAGGCACUGCUCCAUCAGGAGCCACUGGCAGCUCUUGCCAAAAAUCUUACUUUCUUUCAUGCUUUUUAACAGUGACUAAUUCAAAGAAAAACAAGGAUCAUAAGUGACCUCUUCUGGGGGCCUCAUAAACCGUUUUGGUGCUUUAACAUUCUGCAGAUUUACAAGGAUUCUGUGUGCGCUGAAGGGAGGGUGAACGUGCUCUACGGACACUUAUUUAAACCACUCGGUUUUGCCUGUUUCUUGGAAGUUUUCUUGCUUAUGGAGGAGUUAUACAGUGGAUGGAAGAUAUCCUCUGAAGCCUGUUAUUACAAGGACAGAAUUUUCGCUCUGGAAGAGAAACAGGAGGAAGGAUUGUGCCUUGUCCAUGGUUGGAAUAUAUUUUUUCCAUUUGAAUGGUUUAUUCCUUUGUUUCUGAAGAGUGAAGGACUUGCCUUAAAAUUGAAACACAACCAACAGAGAUGAUGAUUGAAGUCACAGUACAGAAAACCUUGUGUCCCCUCUUGCUGUGAAGUGGAGUGUUGAUGACUAGCAGCAGUCGUCAUUAAUUUUUUUGUCCCCCACCCCCAUUUUUUAUUUUUUUAUUGUAUUUCUCUGAACCAAGUUGCAUGUCAUAUAUGUACGAUCGAUAGACUGUCUCCUCCAUUCAUGACCUGGGCUCUCCAAGCAAAUCGUUGACCACAAUUGAUAAUUUGUAGGUAGAAAUCUACCAAGGGGAGAUAGAGGAUUAUGGCCUCUUACUGUGCAGGUAGCAUGCCUGGGCCUGCCUGUGCAUUUUUUUUUUUUGUGGCUCAGUUUAGUUUUGUUCGUUAUUUUUUUUUUUUAUUAUUCUGUGUAAAAUUUGCACCACAUUGCAGGCAAACAGUACAUUUCCAGUUCCCAUUUCAUUUUUUUAUGUGUCAUUUUGAUUUGAAGUUUAUACACGUGUUAUAUAUUUUUUUGUAAUAUAUUUUUCUCAUGAUGACUACAUUUAAAAAAAAAAAAAAUGUUAAGAGCAUUUUUUUUAAUAUCUUGCCAGGGGAAUAUUUUAGAUUCCAGUUGAUAUCCUCUGAUCUUCCCACCGAGACUUCCUAUAUAAAUCCUUUUAUAUGAGGAUGGUGACAACGGUGAUGUCCUUCUUUAAAUAAGCAGUGAAAAGGACAACCAUAAAGACUCUUCUGAUUAUAUCUUUGUAAAAGGUACCUCUUACCUCACUUGUUACCAAAUCAGAGAGAGACUUUACUGGGACUUUAAUUUCUUUAAGGAGACCAACAAUGUACUGUAUGUGAGCCUUGCUCCUGGGAUUGCAUGGAAAGGAGCAGGGUGCGCUCAGUCUUGGAUAUAACCUCAAUAUAGCACUUAUUAUCCAUGCUGAGAGUUGUGGCUGAAUUUCCAGCAGCAUGUGACUCGCACCCAUUGCCUAACAGUUUCCUAGGGUAAAACUCCCUCACUGUUAAGGGAACAGCAUGUUACUGCCUUGUGGCAGUUUUACUCGUUCCCUGGCAGCUUGAUAUUGGCUGCAUUUUGAGUGGUUUUUCUCGGGGCUGUGCUGCAGGUUGCACCUUGACAUAUGCUGUUUCCUGUACUGGCAACACAUGAUAUGUUUUGGAGUAAUAGCCAGGGGGUUUGUGCCCCCGACCCUUUCCCCUUUCUUUUGAGUGUUGGGACCCUCACAUUGUGCCCUUACUGUGUAUAUAUUUUUUUCAUGGUCGUUCUGUAACUACACUACAGCCUGUGACUGCACAAAACGGCACCGCACUGCACCGAACGGUCUCUUUAUUUCCUGUCACACUGUGUGUGUUACUUGCAGUCCCCUCCUCCCCAUCACACGCUCCCAUUUUUCUGCUUUCCAACCUUCAAUCUACUUGCAGAUUUUUUGCAUAUUUUACCAUGUCUUUGUACUCUUGACACUGUUCUGAAAAUGUUGAAUUUUGGGUCUAGACUUGGUCUGUAAUUUGGCAAAAAAUCAGAAACUGCAUGUUUUGUGCUUUCCUAAGGCAUGUACACAUAGGUGUAUGCCCUGUACUUGCUUUGAAAGGUUCACACAUAAUUAUAUUUUUAUUUUGAAAUCUUAAUUUUUUUUCAGUUGGGUUACAAUUCUAGAAAUGUUAUAGUGUUCUAGAUUUUAUCAUUGAGGAUGUUCAAGUCAAAACUGAAAAAGGUAAAUGGUAGUCUACCUUCAUUUGUAAGGCACCUUUCAGAGCAUGUGGUGUUGGUUACCAUAGUGUCAAAGUACCCUUUAUAGCAUGAGAAGUGGCACAUAGCUUGCCAUAUAGGCUGAGUCUUUUGGUUUCUUCAGUUAAGCUGCAAUUGGAUAAGCAGGGUGUUUGUUGAUGAAGGAGGUACAGUUGGGACAAAUUUGGUUUUGGAUAGUACUGUUUUCACUAUGAAUUUUCAUUCCUU